UAAAGAGACAGACCAUGUCUCUGUCUUUGCAGAUAUAGCGAAGAUUAUUCUCCCAUUCAAGUAGACUUAUACAUUCUCUCUGUUCUCAGUUCCACACCAGAGAGGCGGGGAUUUCCCUAGGAUCACUGGACCUGCUGGGAUCAGCCUCUGCCCAGCCCUGGCAGGGGAGGGAGUUGACGGGCUGACAGAGGAAACUCCCCUGAAACCUGUUUCUCAGCUUCCCGGCCCAGCUGGGGCACCCACUGGAAGGAGAGGCCAGGCGGAAGACCCUGGCUCCGUCAUGGCCUCUGCCCUGAGGCCACCCCGUGUCCCCAAGCCUAAGGGUGUCCUGCCUUCACACUACUAUGAGAGCUUUCUAGAGAAGAAGGGGCCCUGUGACCGGGAUUACAAGAAGUUCUGGGCAGGCCUCCAGGGUCUCACCAUUUAUUUCUACAAUAGCAAUCGGGACUUCCAGCACGUGGAGAAGCUCAACUUGGGAGCAUUUGAGAAACUCACAGAUGAGAUUCCCUGGGGAAGCUCACGUGACCCUGGCACCCACUUCAGCCUGAUUCUCCGGAAUCAGGAGAUCAAGUUCAAGGUAGAGACCUUGGAGUGUCGGGAAAUGUGGAAAGGCUUCAUCUUAACGGUGGUGGAGCUCCGUGUCCCGACCGACUUGACCCUGCUUCCUGGGCACCUAUACAUGAUGUCUGAAGUCUUGGCCAAAGAGGAGGCGCGCCGUGCACUGGAGACACCCUCUUGCUUCCUGAAGGUGAGCCGGCUGGAGGCACAACUGCUCCUGGAGCGCUACCCCGAGUGCGGGAACCUGCUGCUGCGGCCCAGCGGGGACGGCGCUGACGGCGUGUCGGUCACCACGCGGCAGAUGCACAACGGGACGCACGUGGUCCGGCAUUACAAGGUGAAGCGGGAGGGCCCCAAGUACGUGAUCGAUGUGGAACAGCCGUUCUCUUGCACCUCCCUGGACGCCGUGGUCAACUAUUUCGUGUCGCAUACCAAAAAGGCGCUGGUGCCAUUCCUGUUAGACGAGGACUACGAGAAGGUGCUAGGCUACGUGGAAGCCGAUAAGGAGAAUGGCGAGAAUGUGUGGGUGGCGCCCUCCGCUCCGGGCCCAGGUCCUGCACCCUGCACAGGUGGCCCCAAGCCGCUGUCACCUGCGUCUGUGCCUGUGUCUAGCCAGGACAAGCUGCCCCCACUGCCCCCACUACCGAACCAGGAAGAGAACUACGUGACCCCCAUUGGAGAUGGCCCAGCUGUUGACUAUGAGAACCAAGAUGUGGCUUCCUCUAGUUGGCCAGUCAUCCUGAAGCCAAAGAAGUUGCCAAAGCCUCCUGCCAAGCUUCCAAAGCCACCCGUUGGACCCAAGCCAGAGCCCAAAGUCUUUAAUGGUGGCUUGGCCAGGAAGCUGCCAGUCAGUUCAGCCCAGCCUCUCUUCCCCACAGCCGGGCUGGCAGACAUGACGGCAGAGCUACAGAAGAAGCUGGAGAAGAGGCGGGCACUGGAGCACUGAUUCGGACACACCAGGGACCAGCGGGCCAGUCCCGGGGCAUGGCCCAGCGGCCAGAUUCUUUUUCCCAGGAUUAAAACUCUGACCCCAGGA